AUGGCGAUUAACAUGGACGAGGCCAAGGCCCACCUGAAAGAGCACGGCUGGGUGAAGAUCCCCUCGGUCCUCUCCAAAGAUGAGGCUGCAGACGCACUUGAUCGGCUCUGGAAGGCGAAGGACGCCCUGGAGGCCAACGGUGAAGACACCUUCCAGCCGAUCUUGGACCCUAACCCUGCCAACGUGCGCGUCUUCUACCUUCCGGAGUUGGACGCUUACUGGCGUGAGAUGCUCAUCAACCCCACGGGCCUCGAUCUGGCCAAGUCCCUGCUGGGAGAACAGCUGCUGGUGAGCAACUUCUCUGCCAACAUCGCCCGUCCGGGCUCGGAGAGCAUGGCGCUGCAUUCGGACCAGAGCAUCGUCCUCGCCGCGCCAUGGCUGGAUAUCUGGGCAGUCAACGUGAUCUGGUGCCUGACCAGGACCACCAAGGAGAACGGCGCCACGCUCUACAUUCCGGGCUCGAAUAAAUGGACGACCUGGGAGGACGUCCCUGAUAACGCCCCCGAACGGCUGGUCCCGUUUGAAGCGGACGCCGGCGACAUCGUGGUGAUCGACGGGCGGCUGUGGCACACGUCCGGCCCCAACGUCACCAGUGACGAGGACCGCGCGAUCCUCUUUGCCUACUACUCAGCCCCUCACAUGCGGCCGCUGACGAACUGGUCAGCCAAGUUGCCGAGAGAGCUUCAAGAGACCCUCAGCCCCCAGAUGAAGGAGCUUCUUGCGCUUAGCCACAUUGGCUACGUGGUACGGGGCGAUCUGACCUACAUGGCGCAGAAGUACCCUAGGAAGGAGGCAACCUCCGCGAGCGCUGAUGGAGGCGAAGGAAGGGAGGCAUCUGUCGUGGAACUGGGCGUACGCAGACAGUCACUGGACGGGACAACGCACUCUCCCCUUCCCCCUUGUUAG